GCGGCGGGGGGAUCUCAGCGGCGCCCCGCCGUGCGUGGGGGGAAGGGAGGCGGCCUCCCAGCAGCAACGUCAGGACAGCGAAGGCAGGGGCAGGGAGGAGCAGUGAAGGGGGGGUUCCCGGAGGGCGAUAGGCUGCGAGCCUCCCCUCAGAGAAGGCGUGUGCGAGCCCACGCGGCACGGAUGGAGUCAGGUCGCGCUGCCCACCUCCUUGAGCCGAGGCAGCGGGAGAGCAGCUGCCCGCGCGGCACGCCGUUCUUGUUUGUUUUUCCAUUUGUUGAAGUUGAAUAAGCACUUCAUGUCAUCUUAAAUGAAAGCAACCUCUGGUAGAUCAUUUGCUCUCUCUUCUUACUGCAGCUGGCCGAACAGAUGCUUUUGACUGGAGGUUUGAAAUCUCUCCUUCCUCAUUUGCGAAGAAGAAUAAUUCAUUGCAGCAGAGUUCAUAACAGUAACAUUUCUGGAAUGGCAGAAGGCUAUAAACAGGCCAGUGUCGCGAUUUUGCACAAGUCCCUUGCUGAUGACUUCGAGAAGUUCUGCCAUGCAAACAGUGGAGUGCUGCCACUGCUAUACAGAAGUAAACCAGGGGAAUGGAAGUGUCCUCUGAAUAGCGAUUCUGAUAUCAGAACUGACUGCCUGCAGUACAGAAAGUAUGAGUACGGAGAUUUUACUGGAUGUCUAAAAAGUCUAAAGGAUUAUUCUGAACAACUGAAGGACAUGGUGGCUUUCUAUAUAGGCUGCAGCUCUAAUUUUGAAAAUGUACUUCAAGCUGCUGGCAUUCCUGUAAGAAAUGUUGAACAAAAAUGUAGUGUAAGCAUGUAUAAGACAGCUGUGCCAUGCUACACUAUUUCUACUUUUUGCUGCAACUUAGUUGUCACAAUGAGACCAAUUCCUGAAAGCAAAUUGGAAGCAGCUGUGCUAGCAACAUCUGAAUUAAAAGAAGAAAAUAAUGGAGCACCAAUUCACAUUGGUAACCCCGGUCUGCUGGGAAUACGAGAUCUUUCCAAGCCAGACUACGGAGAUCCAGUUCACCUUCACCCUGGUGAUAUCCCUGUGUUUUGGGCCUGCAGUGUAACAGGAAUAGAAGCAGUCAUCAACUGCAGAUCUCCAUUGGCUUUUACUAAUUCUUCUGGCUGCAUGUUCAUUACUGACCUGAAGAAUGACAGUGUUACACUCGGAUCCUCAAGAGAAGUCCCACAAGUCCACUGCAUUUCACAGGAUCCUUUGCGUUAUAGUAUGGUAUCUGCAGAAGCAGCAAAAAAGAUAAGGACUCUAGAGAGCCUAAUUGGAAUAGAUCCAGGCAAUCGUGGCAUCCUUCAUUUACUCCGCCCUGGUGAGCUGCUGAAGGCCUGCCUGUCCCUGUCCCAUGCUCAGCACGUGUUGGUAACCACUGGGUUUCCCACCCACUUCAGUUACGAGCCGCCAGAAGAGAACGACGGGCCCCCAGGAGCCCUUGCUAUUGCAGCCAUGUUGCAGGCCUUGGAGAAAGAUGUAGCCAUAGUAACAGAUCGGAGAGCCAUGGAUCUGAAUGAAAAGAUUAUUAAAGAGGCUGUGCAAAUAGGAGUCCUGAAGGAACCUGUGCCCCUACUGAGUUAUCAGAGGGAAAGUGCUGAUUCAGCUUUAACAUUUCUGUGUGAGAAUGGGAAUCCCAGAAGACCUAGAUUUGAUCACCUGAUAGCAAUAGAGCGUGCUGGGAUAGCUGCUGAUGGCAAUUACUACAACGCCAGGAAAGUUAAUAUUAAACAUCUUGUGGAUCCCAUAGAUGAACUAUUUUUAGCUGCACAAACCAUUCCAGGAAUAACAACAACAGGUGUUGGAGAUGGAGGAAAUGAAUUAGGAAUGGGUAAGGUAAAAGAUGCUGUGAAGAAGCACAUAAAAAAUGGAGAUGUUAUAGCUUGUGAUGUUGCAGCUGACUUUGCUGUUGUAGCUGGCGUCUCUAACUGGGGAGGCUAUGCCAUUGCUUGUGCUCUGUAUAUUCUCAGCACCUGUGAAAUACAUAAUCGCUAUCUGAGGAGAGCUGUUGGGUUUUCACAGUCACCAAAGAAGACAGCCUGGCUGUCGGCACUUCCAUCAGUUACAAAGGAAGAAAAGCUUCUGAAAGCACUUAUACAGCUUGAGGUCCGCAGUGGAGUAUCUGCCAGCCUGGAAAUGGAGGUGGACGCACUGCCCUUCUACAACACCCAUUCAACCAUGAUUGAAAAUCUGCUGCGGGAGGUGCAGCACUGACUGCUUCCUACUGAUUUCUACAUCAGGAGAUGAUACUAUGUCAUUUCUUUAUGUCCCAAGCUCUUGCAAGGUAAAAAAGGAUCAGAAAAAGAUGAGUCUGUGUCUCUUAACUCUCUUUCAUCUCUGGUGUCUUGUCAGUGCACAACUUUGUAUUAUUGCCUUUACAAAAUUUCUGUGAAAUGGGAAGGAGCUAUCAUGAUGAUUCAGUCUACCUUUCUUUCAUGUGAUUUUAUAAUGGAUAUUAAAAGAUAUUACAUACUAAGUGGUGAUCUGGCUUUUACAAAGAAAUCUUCUCAUUAAAAUGAAAUACGAUUGCAUUGCUGUUCCUGUUUUACUAACCUCAUAACUGCAACAGGAAGUAAGUCUUGUAGCAACUUGGAUUUAAAAAUACCCUAUGGUGGGGAGAACAGCUGCGGUGGAGUGUUCAAAACAAAACAAAAACCUGCAAGUGUUAAAGUGUUACAGCAGUAAAAAUUGUUAAAUACAGCUCUUUUGUACACUUCUUCCUAUAGUCCCUCUAGCACCAUCUUCUCAUGCUGGUGGGUCAGUGGUGGAAAUGUGAUGAGGUGAGGAGAGGGCUUUAAUGAGAGUAAGGGCAGCCUUGCAGACUUUCUUUGUAAGGAGGAGGCUGUACUGAUCGCCUCCUUUAUGUUACGAGUUUACCAUUUGUAAAUUUUGUCCCUUUCUGCGUAAUACAGAAAUAU